CCUCGUGCCGCCGUCGGCCAUUUCGCUGCUGUUUCCUCAGUGCAGCCUGGGCGUGAGGGCGGGCGUCCGGCCACCGUGCGGAGCGGCGAGCGGUCCCGGUUUGAAGAACACACCUGAAUCAUGGGGGACGUUAAAGAUUUUCUGUAUGCCUGGUGUGGCAAAAGGAAGAUGACUCCAUCCUAUGAAAUUAGAGCCGUGGGGAACAAAAACCGGCAGAAAUUCAUGUGUGAGGUUCGAGUGGAAGGAUACAAUUACACUGGCAUGGGCAAUUCCACCAAUAAGAAGGAUGCGCAGAGCAAUGCUGCCAGAGACUUUGUUAACUAUCUGGUGCGAAUAAAUGAAGUCAAGAGCGAAGAAGUCCCAGCUAUGGGGAUAGCACCUCCUCUGCCCCCACUGACUGAUAUGCCUAACAAUACAGCCAAUGCUGGCGGUUUACCAGCAAUCAUGGGGGGACCACUUCCUCCACAUUUGGCUCUCAAAGCAGAAAAUAAUUCUGGAGUUGGGGCAUCUGGCUAUGGUGCUCCUGGGCCCACUUGGGACAGGGGAGCCAACUUGAAGGACUACUACUCGAGAAGGGAGGAACAAGAAGUCCAGGCGACUCUAGAAUCAGAAGAAGUGGAUUUAAAUGCUGGGCUUCAUGGAAACUGGACCUUGGAAAACGCUAAGGCUCGUCUGAACCAAUAUUUCCAGAAGGAAAAGAUCCAAGGAGAAUACAAGUACACCCAAGUGGGUCCUGAUCACAACAGGAGCUUUAUUGCAGAAAUGACCAUUUAUAUCAAGCAGCUGGGCAGAAGGAUUUUUGCACGUGAACACGGAUCAAAUAAGAAAUUGGCAGCGCAGUCCUGUGCCCUGUCUCUUGUCAGACAACUCUAUCAUCUUGGAGUGGUUGAACCUUACUCUGGACUUACAAAGAAGAAAGAAGGAGAGACAGUGGAGCCUUACAAAGUGAACCUCUCUCAAGAUUUAGAACUUCAGCUGCAAAACACAGUUCAAGAGCUGAAUCUUGAAGUUGUGCCCCCGCCUGAUGACCCUUCUGUGCCAGUGGUUCUCAACAUUGGCAAAUUGGCUCACUUUGAACCAUCUCAGCGACAAAACCAAGUGGGUGUGGUUCCUUGGUCUCCUCCACAGUCGAAUUGGAAUCCUUGGACUAGCAGCAACAUCGACGAGGGGCCCCUGGCCUAUGCCACUCCAGAACAAAUAAGCAUGGACCUUAAGAAUGAGUUAAUGUACCAGCUGGAGCAGGAUCAGGACUUACAAGCAGUCUUGCAGGAGAGAACGUUGCUGCCUGUGAAGAAGUUUGAAAAUGAAAUCCUGGAUGCAAUUAGUCAAAAUUCAGUUGUCAUCAUCCGAGGGGCCACGGGAUGUGGCAAAACCACACAGGUUCCCCAGUUCAUUCUAGAUGACUUUAUCCAGAGUGGCCGGGCAGCAGAAUGUAACAUUGUAGUCACCCAGCCCAGGAGGAUCAGCGCGGUGUCCGUGGCAGAACGGGUUGCCUAUGAGCGAGGGGAGGAGCCUGGGAAGAGCUGUGGCUACAGUGUGCGGUUUGAGUCCAUUCUUCCCCGCCCUCAUGCCAGCAUCAUGUUUUGUACUGUGGGUGUGCUCCUAAGGAAAUUAGAAGCAGGCAUUCGAGGAAUCAGUCAUGUAAUUGUGGAUGAAAUACACGAGCGAGACAUAAAUACUGACUUCCUUUUGGUAGUACUGCGUGAUGUGGUUCAGGCUUAUCCUGAAGUUCGCAUUGUCCUCAUGUCUGCUACUAUUGAUACCAGCAUGUUCUGUGAAUAUUUCUUCAAUUGCCCGAUCAUUGAAGUUUAUGGGAGGACUUACCCAGUUCAAGAGUAUUUUCUGGAAGACUGCAUUCAGAUGACUCAGUUUGUUCCACCGCCAAAGGACAAGAAGAAGAAGGAUAAGGAGGAUGAUGGUGGUGAAGAGGAUGAUGCAAACUGCAACCUGAUUUGUGGUGAUGAGUAUGGUCCAGAAACAAGGAUGAGCAUGGCCCAGUUGAAUGAGAAGGAAACCCCCUUUGAGCUCAUCGAAGCUCUGCUGAAGUACAUUGAGACUCUCAAUGUUCCAGGGGCCGUGUUGGUGUUUUUGCCCGGCUGGAAUUUAAUUUAUACUAUGCAGAAGCAUUUGGAGAUGAACGCACAUUUUGGGAGCCACAGGUAUCAGAUAUUGCCUCUGCACUCCCAGAUCCCGCGAGAGGAGCAGCGCAAAGUGUUUGAUCCCGUGCCAGCUGGAGUAACCAAGGUUAUUUUAUCCACAAAUAUUGCCGAAACAAGCAUUACCAUCAAUGACGUCGUUUAUGUCAUCGACUCCUGCAAGCAGAAAGUGAAACUGUUCACUGCGCACAAUAACAUGACCAACUAUGCCACGGUGUGGGCGUCCAAAACAAACCUUGAGCAGCGGAAAGGGCGAGCUGGCCGUGUGCGGCCUGGAUUCUGCUUUCACCUCUGUAGCCGAGCUCGUUUUGAGAGACUGGAAACCCACAUGACUCCAGAGAUGUUCCGGACACCACUGCAUGAAAUUGCCUUGAGCAUCAAGCUUCUGCGUCUAGGAGGAAUCGGCCAGUUCCUGGCCAAGGCGAUUGAGCCCCCGCCCCUGGACGCUGUGAUUGAAGCGGAGCACACUCUGAGAGAGCUGGACGCAUUAGAUGCCAAUGAUGAGUUGACUCCUCUGGGACGGAUCCUAGCUAAACUCCCCAUUGAGCCUCGUCUUGGCAAAAUGAUGAUCAUGGGGUGUAUUUUCUAUGUGGGAGACGCUGUCUGUACCAUCUCUGCCGCUACCUGCUUCCCAGAGCCUUUCAUCAACGAAGGGAAGCGGCUCGGCUACAUCCACCGGAAUUUUGCUGGAAACAGAUUUUCUGAUCACGUGGCCCUUUUAUCGGUAUUCCAAGCCUGGGAUGAUGCCAGAAUGAGUGGAGAAGAAGCAGAGAUACGUUUUUGUGAACACAAAAGACUCAAUAUGGCUACACUGAGAAUGACUUGGGAAGCCAAAGUUCAGCUUAAAGAGAUUCUGAUUAAUUCUGGAUUUCCAGAAGAUUGUUUGUUGACACAAGUGUUUACUAACACUGGACCAGAUAAUAACUUGGAUGUUGUUAUCUCUCUCCUGGCCUUUGGUGUGUACCCAAAUGUGUGCUAUCACAAGGAAAAAAGAAAGAUUCUUACCACCGAGGGGCGCAAUGCACUUAUCCACAAAUCGUCUGUUAAUUGUCCUUUUAGCAGCCAAGACAUGAAAUACCCAUCCCCCUUCUUUGUAUUUGGUGAAAAGAUUCGAACCCGCGCCAUCUCAGCUAAAGGCAUGACUUUAGUCACUCCCCUGCAAUUGCUUCUCUUUGCCUCCAAGAAAGUUCAAUCUGAUGGUCAGAUUGUGCUAGUAGAUGACUGGAUCAGACUGCAAAUGAGCCAUGAAGCUGCUGCCUGCAUCACCGCUCUGCGGGCUGCAGUGGAGGCUCUUGUUGUUGAAGUGACCAAGCAGCCCAGUAUCAUCAGCCAGCUAGACCCUGCCAACGAGCGCAUGCUGAACACCAUCCGCCAGGUCUCCAGGCCCUCAGCUGCUGGCGUCAACCUGAUGAUGGGCAGUACACGGUAUGGAGAUGGUCCACGUCCUCCCAAGAUGGCGCGCUAUGACAAUGGGAGCGGGUAUAGAAGGGGGGGCGCUGGCUAUGGUGGUGGAGGCUAUGGCGGCAGCUAUGGUGGUGGAGGCUCCUAUGGGGGAGGGUAUGGCGGAGGUGGAGGUGGGGGCUACAGAGGAGGUUCCCGGGGGGGCUUUAGAGGUGGGUCUGGAGGGGACUACAGAGGGUCUGGUAGAGGGGGCUUCCGAGGAUCUGGGGGUUUCCAGCGAGGAGGUGGCAGGGGGGGCUAUGGAGGUGGCUACUUUGGACAAGGAAGAGGAGGUGGUGGCUAUUAAAACUUGAUUGUGUCAGUGCUUGUGCAUAGAAAGUUUUAAAAAAUGCAUGCUACAUGUUUUCCCAAGAUGUUUGUUUUCGACUCAGAUGUAAACCUGUUUCACUCAUUCUGUAGUUUAUUGUAGUUCAAGGAAACCAAGCAUCUGGAUCCAUUAGUGUUUUGUUUAUAUUGUGUAAAAUAUAAUGUUCUAUUAUAAAAGUACCGCCAUUUGUAUUUUUUUCUCUAGGAUUUGCCCUUAAAAUUAACUUGGUAUUUCCUUUGCUUUUGUUUAAUAUGAUUAAAAAAUAAAGUAUUAAACUGA